AUGAGUUCGUUGGGGGUUUGGCGGGGAGGAGGGUACAACUCUUGGAACCCCCUGUCACCAUCAGAUGUCUGGGACCCUUUUGAUUUUGGGUUUGGGGUUGAAAAGAGCAGGGGCCGUGGCCCUGAUGACGAUGUGUCUGCUCUCGCUCAUGCUCACGUCGACUGGCGUGAGACCGAUAACGCUCACGUCUUCCGCGCUGAUCUUCCUGGGGUAAGGAGAGAGGAGCUGAAGGUGCAAGUGGAGGACAACAACAUCCUAAAGAUCAGCGGUGAGAAGACCAAGGAAAAAGAGGAAGUGGACGACCAAUGGCACCGUGUGGAGAGGCAAAGAGGCAGUUUCUUGAGGAGGUUCAGGUUGCCGGAAAAUGCAAUCACGGACAGGAUCAGUUCUGCGCUAAAGGAUGGAGUUUUGACCGUCACUGUGCCUAAGAAAACUGAGAGUCCAAGCGGCGUAAGGACGAUACAUGUGGCCUAACUCUAACCUCAAGCUUUAUCUGUGACGUGCUCUGAGUUGUAUAAAUGUAGCUGAGUCAGCUUCGUGGGUUACGUGUAAAUACUGUGGAGGAUUAUGUGUGGUGUUGCGUUGUAAGAUAAAUAAGAAAAGGAUAGUUAUCUUGGACGUUUCUAUAACAAUCUU